AUGGCUGGCCGAUCAAAGAAGGGCAAGUUCCUCGAAUCGGACAUUGAUCAGCAACUACAGCAAAUUCACCUUUUGGAUGCUCAGUCUACCUCUGAAAAUUUGGAGCAACUCGCGCCAAUAAUCAAGAACAUUCAUGCCACUAGACAGCAAGACGCAUACCUGCGGACAUUGAAGCAGCUUGCAGAGAGCAAAGAAGCGGAAAUUCAGCAAAUAUGCAGCGACAACUACCAGGAUUUCGUGUCCUCGGUAUCCACGAUGCUGAACGUCCGCUCGUCCACGAACAAUCUGCGCGAUAGGAUCAUCUCAUUGGACGAUAGUGUCAAUCAAGCAGGCAGAGCUCUCGCUGAGAAAAAGAAGGGUCUCCUCAAGGCAAAGAAAGCAGCCAUGAACCUGGACGAAGCAAUAGAAACACUCCAGGCGUGUUUAAGACUUCUCGAUCUCGUGAAUCGAAUAGGAGAAUUGAUCAAGCAAGGCAAAUACUAUAGCGCUUUACGGUCACUAGAUGAUAUUCAGAAUCUCCCUACAUCCUCUCUUUCUCAGACACCAUUCUUUAAUCAUUUACUGGCCUCCCUCCCAUCCUAUCGUACCCAAAUCAAGGAUGCGGUCACCGCGUCGCUCAAGACAUGGCUCUUUGAUCUCAGGAAUGUAUCUCGACAAGUUGGGAGCCUCGCACUAGAGGCGAUGGAUCUACGGAGUAAACGUUGGGCACAACGGAAGGAGAAAGAGCCUCAACUCAAGCUUUGCCGACUCGGUGGUGCAGUAGAGCUCAUCACCUACGAGAAAGUGGAAUACGAUGUAUUCGACAAUGACAAGCUCCAGGUAGACUUCAAGCCGCUGUAUCAAAGUAUCCUCAUCUACACGGCUCUAGAAAUGCUAGAGGAGCUUCAAAAGAGCUAUCAAGCCGACAGAAAGACACAAUCAACGCUUAUUCUAUCCUCGCAAAUGUCGCUCCAGUCCCUUGCAGAUCUUACAGAAGAGAUUACCGGCUUCUUCAUCGCCGAAACGCAUGUCCUUCAGAAUACUCGCGGCUUCAGAAGUCAGCGUGAGGUGGACGAGCUCUGGGAAGGCGUUUUAGAGCGAUUGAAUUCUUCGGUUGCAUCCGAACUGGAGACGGAGUCAGAUCCGGAAGUUUUCCUUGGAGUCAAAGAGAGUCUGCUCGCAUUCACGAUGACAAUGGAGGGCUAUGGUUAUGACUGCCAACGCCUUCAUGAUCUCAUUCUGCUCCUUUUCGGGAGCUAUGCAUCUCUGUUGGAAAAACAAUACGAAACGAUUGUCCAAGAAGACGAUAAUACUCCACUCACCGCAGAAACUGGCGAAGAGUUGGAUGCUAUCGUCUCAGGAUGUUGGCUGCCGUCAAGUGUCGCUGCUUCUCUUUAUAGGCGAGUCAAUAAACAUACAGAGCCUGGGUCUAACUCUCACAAAAUACGGAGCUUUGUCCAAAAGUUCUAUCAGUUUGUCGAAGGCGUCUCACAACAUCAUCGGGACAUAGACGAGCUUUUGGGAACGUCGCUGGAUCGUCUCAUGACGAAGAACAUCUGCCAAAAGAUCUCCUCGAAAGUCAAAGAGAGUCAAGGAUUCAGCCAAAUCGCACAAAGUGUGAUCACAUUGGAGUACUUUGAGAAUGCAUGCGGCGAAAUUGAGCAAGGUCUUGCGAGCCUGCGCUCAAUCCAACGGGGAGGUUCCAUCAGGCUCGGCUGUCGACCCGUGUUUGCCGAAACAUUGCAACUCGCACUCAAACGCAUCGAUGAAGUACUUUUGGUCAAACUAGAAAGCAACUUUGAAAUGUCGGACUUUGAAUGGACGCCGUCGGGCAGCAGUGGAGGGCCUAGUUUGUACAUGAUCCAGAUGAUCAUGUGGCUCACAACGAACAUUGAUGCGCUAUCUCUGCAAGACAUUUACAAGAACAAUGCGUACACAACCGCGAUUCAGUACAUAGCUGACAGCUUGACGGAAUGCUUGACUGGUACCACCGUAUCCCAACUCAACGACGCCGCGCUGUCGAAUAUGCUUGUAGACAUUGAUUUUGUCGAGCAGUCACUCCGAGACAGCGGUCAGUCGCAUCUGAGCUCCAUCUUUGACCAUUUGAAGCUAUUGGUCUCCAUUCCAUUGAACAAUACCGUUCAGGAAUACUUGAACGCGUCACAGCGCCAAGCUUCAUACGCGUCAAUCAGACCCACAGAACUCGCACCAGUGCUGGAGAAGCUUGCUCGAGGGAGUUCCAACUCGAGAGAGAGGGCUGAGAGAGAGCGAGGCGAGCGCAGAAGAACAGAGGCACUUGCCGUUUCCAGAUUGUAG